AUGAUCGAUUCCGCCUCUGCAAUAACACGUGGAGGUUUAAUCAUUUGGUCCUAUGCGUUUGAAGAUGAUUCCAGCAAUUUAACUCCGAAUGAAAAUGCGAUCAUCAAUACACUUAUCCGAAACGCUAUAAUAGAGGAACGUGGUGGAGGCAAAUAUUCAUGUUUGGACGGUAUACACUUUCGUUGGAAUAUAAUUAACUCAUUGGAUCUCAUAUUUUUCAUUUCAUACAAGGGAAUACAAAACACACAGAAUCUUGUGGAACUUUUAGAUGUGUGUUCUGAGAGAUUUACCGCUCUCGUACAGAAGGAGAUCAAGAAUGCUUCAAAUAUUAACUGGAUAGAACUUGAUAAAAAAUUUGGUUUUGAUGAAGAAUUUCGCUCUCUGGUACUAAAAACCGGUAUGAGCAAUGUUCGCACACUAUCGCCGACAAAAUAUAUCGAAACUUACCCUAAUAAGACAGAGGGUGAAAAACUAGUUACAAACAAACAGAGUAAGGAUGGAAAAUCAAGUUCAAAGGUAAUGAGACAGUGGGAUGUAAAGGAAAUAGUAACACAAAAGGAUAUGGAUGAACUAGAUUUUUCAGAUAAGAUGGAUACUCCGGCUACAAUAUCGCAAAAUAUCUCUGAAACACAAAAGGUAGAACAAACAAGUACACUUAAUAAACUUAUAUCAUCUGUUACUUAUAAGAUAAAAACCGCUAAAAACUCCCUUAAACAUUCGGAAAAGAAAACUAAGGAAAAACCAUCACAGGGACUACUGGACCAAUUUUCAAACUUUGUACUAAACUAUGCUGGAAAUCUUGUUAUCACAGAGGAUGUCAUAGUUUCACCAUUAAAUGAUUUAAAGAGUAAAUUGGGAUCAAAGAAUGUUGCAGCCGACAUCUGUGAUAUGUUGUGCGGAUCCAUAUCUGCAAGUCUAAUUGGGAAAAGGACAGAAUCACUAAAAUCACUGUCAACGACAGUUAGGGAAGCACUGAAGGAUGCAGUUCGUCGUAUUUUGACACCUAAAGAACCGAUAAAUCUUAUGCAGAGAAUACGUGAAACAAAUGCAAAUGGUAAUGUCUACUCUAUCGUGUUUUUGGGUGUGAAUGGUGUAGGUAAAUCCACAAAUCUUGCUAAAGUUGCACACCUUCUAAAGAGCAAUGGGUUCAAAAUUUUACUAGUAGCGUGUGAUACGUUUAGAUCAGGUGCAGUUGAACAAUUAAAAAUCCAUGCACAAAAACUCGAUAUUGAAUUGUUUGAGCGCGGGUAUGGUAAGGAUCCGGCACAAAUAGCUAAGGAUGGGCUCAAAUACGCAAAUGGAAAUGGAUUUAAUGUGGUACUCAUUGAUACUGCUGGAAGAAUGCAGGAUAAUGAGCCUCUCAUGGCUGCGUUAGCCAAGCUAAUAAACGUAAAUAACCCAAACCUUAUUUUGUUCGUAGGAGAGGCACUAGUAGGAAAUGAUGCUGUAGACCAACUGCAAAAAUUCAAUCACGCAAUAAAUAAAAUGGGAGAAAACUCGAUAAAUCGUAACAUAGACGGCCUAAUAUUGACAAAGUUUGACACAGUAGACGACAAAGUUGGUACCGCGUUGUCAAUGGUUUAUAUCACCGGGAGACCCAUACUAUUCGUUGGAAACGGACAAAACUACACAGACCUUUCAAAGUUAGAUCCGGACAUGAUUAUAAAAUCACUAAUUAAAUAA